UAUUGCGUAAGCCGUCAGUGGCCCUGAUAAACCCAACAAACACCAUAAUCCCAGCAACAAUCCUGCAGCCGCUAUGUCAUCAUUUCGUUUACAAUCCGGUGAUUCGGGAUUCAACAGUCGUGUAGAUGCUCUCUUCAGCUCCUUGCAGACAGCUGCCGUAGAUCUGGAGCCUCAACUAAGAAGUCUAUCAGAAAGUAGAGAUGAUGUUACAAGUGGUGAGGGAGACAAAGAUGUGUUUGGUAAACCACUAACAAGUGUUGUCAGCUGGCGUGGACGAGGUCGUGGGGCGUCUGCUGCCAGGAACUCCACUCCUGAUUAUGUGAAAAAUCCACAAAAGUGGACAAGAUACAAUAUGAAGGAUACGAAGCUGCUUAGUGACAUGGAGAAUAAGCAGGUAGGGCUCAGAUUAUUUGAUGAGUUACGGAAACGACGGAUCCAUGAAGAUGGGGAAGAGGAGAGUAAGUGUGACGUCACUGAUGAAGGCUGUAGUGAUCAGUCCCCAAAAAUAUUGUUCAAGAAACCACUCAAACCAACAGAUGCUGAUGUGGGUGAUGAUGACGAACCACGGGAUAUUGCUGACGAUUUCUUUGGGGGGGCUAAGAAAUUGAGGCUGCAGGAGUAUGUUGUUGGAAAAUCAACUCGCAGGCGUUGCUUAAAAAGAAAUAUUUGCUCUAGUUUAGAGAAAAAAAAGGAGGGGCUUUUAAAUAAGAAAUAAAACUUUGGGCCCUUUAUGUAUGAGGAAGAAAAGAUUUAAAUCUGUUUUUUGUUUGUUUUUUUUAUGGGUUCUUAUAAAGAAAUGGAGUACCCAAUGACUAGCAAGUUUGGGGUUUUGAGCCCGUACUCACCAUUUGGGUUGCAGGGGUCAAGUUUUUUGCUCUUGGCCCGCCACGUGUGAGCACAUGCAUAUGUGUAAGCAUGUAAAUGUGACUGUAGGUAAAUUUUAUUAAAUUGAUUUCUUGAAAACCACUUGAAAAAAAAAAUCAUUCUGGCAUGAUUCUUAUAGACAAAGUCUAGAUCAGGUUUUAUUUUAGUAAAAUUAACUUGCUCGGUGGUUUGAAUAAUUAAAAUGUAGUAUAUGGGUACUUGCUGAACUCAGUCUAACUUUUGUAUGAAAUUUUCCUUCCCCUCAAGAUAAAAUCUUGAUAGUUUCAUUUUCAGUACAUAUUAUUAUCUCUUAUGUAUCCCAUGAUGUGGACAUGGGGUGGGAAUUGUCUGUUGAGCAAAGGUUCAUUUAAAUACGGAAUACUGUUUUAAUAAAUUUACAAUAUUUUGUUUGUUUCAUAAAAUAUUGGAUCAUAAAGACAUGUUAGUGAGCAGUUACACUUAAUUUUUAAGUUGAUAACCUGCGCUGAUCAUUCAGAUGAGCAUCAUAUAUUAGUUUGUUUUUAUAAGUACACAUUUAGGUGUAAAGAAAAUUAUAAUUUAGUUAUUCUUGUUUCUGUCUGUAUCUGUAUACACUGCAUAAAACUGAUCAUAUACUUUUUUUUUAUUUUUAUGUACUGUAUUGUCAUAUUAUAUUCAUGGGGAAGUGCCAAACCCACCUUACAUUUAUAUUAAUAAUAACUAUGUAUAUUUUUAGGGUUUGGGCAAUUCAAAAUUUUUUACCAAUACUGACAAUAAAUUUUAGGAAGAAACCGAUGCCAUCAAAAUUAGCCAAUCCCCACCAGUACUUUGGCAAACCCCAAAAAAUAUUCAUACCAGUAUCAGGAAGGUGUUAUAUAACCAGAUUAUCAGGAUAUAUAUAUAUUUAUAUAUAUUAUAUAUAUAGUAUAUAUGUAGUAUAUAUAGUAUAUACAUAGUGUAUAGUGGUACCUUGACUUACGAGUUUAAUUCGUUCCGUGACCGAGCUCGUAACUCAAUUUGCUCAUAUAUCAAAACAAUUUUCCUCGUUGAAAUUAACUGAAAUGCCAUUAAUCCAUUCCAGCCCCCCAAAAAUCACCCCAAUUUGUUACAGGUUUUUAAAUAAGAAAAAUGUAUUUAUAAAUAAGAAAUAUUGUAUACUCCAUCCACCCCUUCACUACUCCACCCACCACCAUCACUACUCCACCCACCACCAUCACUACACCCACCACUAUCAGUACUCCACCCAUCACUAUCAGUACUCCACCCCCACUAUCACUACUCCACCCACCACCAUGGCUUUAAUGUUUCUGGAAAAACUCUGAGUACUGAAAUGGAGAUUACCUCUUCCCCCGAUUUAUACGAGAACCAAACAAAGGACGAGGUGCCUCCCUAUGAUCUGGGAUUAGUGUGGGAGUAUUAUCCUUCCAGUUAUGUCUUGGAAGAGCAUGUGGGAUGGGACGAAGUACCUGACAUUCCUCUGGGUACAGAGUUUGAUUUGUCUUCAGAUACGCAGCCAGUUAGUGCUAGCGUAUCUGGAGCUCACUCAUAACUCGGAUUUUGGCUUGCAACUCAAAGCAAAAAAUCGUAACUCAAAAAACUCGUAAGUUGGGGCACUCGUAAAUCAAGGUACCACUGUAUAUAUAUUUGCACAUAAAGCAUUGGAAUAAAAUGCUGUAAUAAUUUGGUUGUUAUUUGAACUAUUACACACUACAUUUGGUAUUUUAUAUAUUACAGUAUUAUGAAUGCAUGCUAGAAAUAAAAAAUAAAUAAAUAAUGUUUGUGUAUGUUUGAGUCAUCUGACAUUUAAAAAAAAAUAUAUUCAUAGUGUUUUGCUAAUGAUAAUUGGAGUGAUUUAACCCUUUGACUGUCGCUGCCGUAUAUAUACGUCUUACGAGGUACCGUGUUUGACGUAUAUAUACUCAUAAAUUCUAGCGGCUUCAAAUCAAGCAGGAGAAAGCUGGUAGGCCCACAUGUGAGAGAAUGGGUCUGUGUGGUCAGUGUGCACCAUAUAAAAAAAUCCUGGAGCACGCAGUGCAUAAUGAGAAAAAAAAACUCCGACCGUUUUUUUUAAUUAAAAUGCCGACUUUGUGGUCUAUUUUUGUAUAGUAUUUAUGGUUGUAUUCUCGUUUUCUUGGUCUCAUUUGAUAGAAUGGAAAACAUAUUAUAGAAAUAGAGGUGAUUUUGAUUGAUUUUACUAUAAAAAGAACCAAGAAAUGGAGCUCAAAGUAGGGGAAAUGUUUGAUUUUUGCCAAUGUUCAAAAGUAAACAAAUGAUGCCAUUGUCCAAUAAAUGUCCAACUAGCCAUUCUAAUAUGCAGUCAUGAAUGGGUUGAUGUUAUUUAUACAAUUAUUACAGUAUUGCAGUAGUCUGCAUAAUAGUAAGUCUUCUAUUUUUUGUUUGAAUAAAAAUUCAAAAUAGAAAGCAAGAGUAAUAUCAGAGGGGCCUGGAGACAUGACUGAUGAGCAAAGAAAAUGUUAUUUUAGAGCCAGGAAUGUCUGCAUUGUUCAUUCUGGACCUUAUUUUGAAAUUGUCAUAUUUUUUUAGUUUUUGUGAAAUUGGCCAAAUUGCAAAUUUCUGACCACAUUAUUAGGUAGUUGAAAUCGGUAAAUGGGCAGUUUCUUGUACUCAAUCGAUAGAAAAUAUGGAGUUCUAAAGAAAUAGCUAUGAGUUUGGGCGACUGGAACAAUGGAAUUAGCCGAAAAUAGGGCUCAAAGUGGGCGAAAUCGCCGAUUUGUAAACAGCGCCGAGGUCGCUAACUUCGCGAGAGCAUAAUUCCGUCAGUUUUCCAUCAAAUUUCAUUUUUUUGGUGUCAUUACAAUCGGGAAAAGAUUCUCUAUCAUUUCAUAAGAAAAAAUAAUUUUUUUUUUUUUUUAAAUUUUGCAGCACCAGGAGACACCUCAGGAUUGGGGGUUGCGACAGUCAAAGGGUUAAACCAGAUACAGUGGACCUUCGGCUUUUGUACUUAAUCCGUUCCAGGCCAGUCGGUCUAAAACCAAAACGUACAAACACUGAAUUAAUGUUUCCCAUGAGAAAUAAUGUAAAUACAAUUAAUCCAUUCCAGACACCCAAAAAUAUUUUUUAAAGAAUAACUGUAGUUUUACAUACAGAAAACAAUGAGAUAUAAAUAUAAAUGACUAAAUUUUAAUAAUAAAUGAACAUUAUAUACCUUUAUUGAAGGCACUUGUUGGCAUAUUGACGAGGGCGAGGAGGGAUAAGGGAGUUCGGGGUUAUUGUUCGGAAGGGGAAUCCCCCUCUCUGGGGUUAAGAUUUGCCUAAAAUGGGACAAGGUAUUGUAACUGAAUGUGAUGCAGAUACGGCUUGUAUCAGCUUUGUCAGGGUGAUAUUUUUGAACAAAAGUUUGCAACUCAUUCCAUUUUGCACACAUGUCCUUAAUCACUAAAGAAGGCACAUUCUCCCCCCUCUCUUCCUCCUCCUCUGAAGCAGUUUCCUCAGCUGCAGCCUGUUGCUAUUCCAGAUGAAGCUCUUGCAGCUCUUCAGUGGUUAGCUCUUCCCUGUGGUCUUCCACCAACUUCUCCACAUCCUGGCCAAUCACCCCACCCCUUCUUUACCAUAGGGCUGGCACUAGGAACUUUCUUUGGGCCCAUAGUGGCUUAUUUUGCAGUCACAAUCAAUAAACAAGGU